AUGUCUGCUCCGCGUCCAUUGAUCCAGCUGUCGUCUAAACUGGGGCUUCUGGCCCUCGUUGGCACGAUGUUGCCACUUGAUUCCGCCGCGGGGAGAAGCACUACCAACAGUGGGGAGGGAUACAAGCUGGGAGAAGAGAUCCCAGUCUCCUGUCUGAAUCGAACAAUGGAGGGAGAACAUAUCACAGACUCCCUUGGCAAACUGCAGUACAUCCCUUUCGCAACCUGCAACGAGACCUCCCGCCCACUAGUUUUGCACUACGGCGUCUCCGAAACAAUCACCUGCACGAUUCCCUCCCUUCCCGACUCGCUCUACCACCUUUACGAAUUCUACGUGCACUCCGACGUCCCCAUGACCUGCCGCAUCCCGACAGUGCCCCUUUCCCCCUCCUCUAGCGCAUCCAAAGACCGCGCCGAAGACUCUGCCUCUGCGGAGGUCGACUCGCUCGCCGCUCUCAGCGAGAACGGCCCACCCUUUACGCCGCUCACCGUUGCGCUGCAGGGCACCCUGCAGCUCAGUCACUUGCACAUCUGGACCGACAUGAAUAUGCUACUGCACAACAUCGCCGCGGACGCAGCGGCGCAGCCGCGCCCGCGCAAUCGCCAGACUGGCCAGCCCGGGUACGCAGUCGCCGGGACAGCGUACUCGACGCCGGAGUUUGAGGCGGCCGCGGCGGCCAGGGCGGCUCUGGACGAGAACGAGCGCGCGGUCACGGUUGCGCAGGCGGCACGCGAGCCAUGGACGGCCGGCCACGGGACAAAGGUGGUGCGCGGCGAGCCGCUGACAUUCUCGUUCCACGUGGCGUGGUUGGAGGGCGGCGCAGGUAUUGGAUGGCCGGAGCGCGGAGGCUCGGAGUCCUUCCUGGAGAUGCCAGGCGGAUCGGGGGUGGGGUCCUUCUUCUCGCGUGUGUUUUUCUUUUUCCUGGCGAUGUCGGUGGGGGCGAUGGCGGCGCUGUACUGGGAGCGCAAUGGCGGCCAGUUGCGCGGCCGGGCUGGCUGGUACGGAGAUGGGAUUCUCGGCGUGCCACCAGUGAAGGGCAAAGGGACUGGAGUAACCUUUGGGGCAAGUGGCCGGUCGAAUGGGUAUGGGGGAUACUCAGCGGCUGCGAAUGGCGCGAAUGGCAAUACAGCUGGUGGUGGAGGCCAUUUUGGAUAUGGCGGAUUUGCCAGCGGGAAGAGAGAUUGA